ACAUUGUUUGAAUCUGAUUUGCAACGAUAACGUACAACAUUGUAAUUAUGGAUGGAAAAAACAGCUAAUCCGUCAAUGAAAACUUCUGUUUUAUUAGAAGUGAUAGAUAAUGGAUAUUUGAAGCGAUAAGAUAAUGUUAACUUAUUUGUUAAAAUGGGAAAUAAUAUUGUGAACUGUCCCUCUGUACCAAAUGGAGGCGGAGGUAGAGGAGGACAACUGAGCACGUAUUUAACACUACAUCAGAUUCACCAAAUUCAGGACACGUGGGAUCUAAUCAAGGAUGACUUGGGAAAAUUAGGAGUCAUAGUUUUCAUGAGAUUUUUCGAAACUGAACCUGAUGUUAAAUCCUUAUUUCCUAAAAUUGUGCGCAUGAACAACGAAAAUCAGUUGGAAUGGGAAAUAGACAAGGAUAUGUUACAAAAACACGCUAUAUCUGUGAUGGAAGGACUAGGGGCAGCAGUAGAGAGUUUAGAUGAAUCAGAUUUUUUAAAUAAUGUUAUGGUGUCAAUAGGACAAACACAUGUGAAAAGGCACAUCAAACCACAAAUGUUGAAGAGGUUAUGGCCUUCAUUAAACCAUGGCUUAAAAGAAUCACUGGAUGACAAAUAUACAAAAGAAGUAAAUGAAGCUUGGAAAAAAUUAUACAUGUACAUUUGUUAUCACAUGAAAAGGGGGAUGGAAAAUCCAGAUAUGGACUUAGAAGGUUAUAGUGUGUAUGCAGACCGGUGAAAUAGGACUAAGAUGGUGUUUGUGUAGUAAAAGUGAACAGUGCUGUAUAUUUAAUUCAUUUAAAACAAUUUUACGAACAUAAGUGUCAUGAGCUCUUUAGAAAAGUUUUCAAUAUAUUUGCAUUUUAAAUAUAUCUGUCCAUGUUAAAUAAAUUAUGGAAUUAAACUCUCCAGCAUAGUAGUUUAUCAUUCCGUCUUUAACUUUAAGUUGGGUAUUUUUUCUGUUGAAGUAGUUACAUUAAUAUCCAAUUUAAUUGUUUUUUUGUGUUUUGUGGCUAAGAACAAGUUUAGACAUAUUGGUGCUUUGUCUGUGAAAAUAAUUCCACGGAGUCAUUUAGAUAAAGUAAACAGAAUAUUUGAUUUAACAUAAUGAUCGUUUUA